AUGUCCUCUCGAAAGGCUCAGAAACCCCUUCCUAAAUUCGAUAUUGGUGAUGAUUAUCAACUUCUGCAUGCUAUUGGAGAAGGAGCGUAUGGUACUGUGGCUUCAGCUCUCCACAAGCCUACAGGCCGGCAGGUUGCGAUCAAGAAAAUUCUACCUUUCGAUCAUACCUUGUUUUGUCUUCGCACUCUCCGCGAACUAAAACUCUUGAAGUUCUUUACGGAGACUUGUCUCAAUGAAAACAUAAUAUCUGUCCUUGACAUCAUCAAACCUCCCUCCCUAGACUCCUUUAAAGAGAUAUACUUCAUUCAGGAGUUGAUGCAAACGGAUCUCCAUAGGGUGAUUCGAACGCAACAUCUUACAGAUGAUCAUUGCCAGUACUUUGUAUAUCAAACAUUAAGAGCCCUCAAAUCUAUUCAUAGCGCUGACAUCGUCCACCGUGACCUGAAACCGGCGAACCUACUCCUGAACGCAAACUGCGACCUGAAAGUUUGCGACUUUGGACUAGCCAGAAGUGUCAAAACCAGUGUUUCCGGGGGGAAGGAACAGGGACUAAUGACGGAAUAUGUGGCAACACGAUGGUACAGAGCACCCGAGAUCAUGUUGUCAUUCAAAAUGUACACCAAAGCAAUUGAUAUCUGGGCUAUUGGGUGCAUUCUAGCUGAGUUAUUGACUGGUCGGCCACUUUUCCCUGGCCGAGACUACAGCCAUCAGCUUGAUCUCAUAUUGGAUGUGAUUGGCACACCUAGUUUAGAUGAAUUCUACGCAAUAACAUCUCGUCGUUCACGAGAUUAUAUCCGUGCUUUGCCUAUUCGAAAGCGAAGGCCAUUUCCAACUCUGUUCCCUCACGCAUCCAAAGAUGCUAUCGAUUUCUUGUCAAAGACCUUGAUAUUUGAUCCAAAGAGGCGGUUGACUGUUGAUGAAGCACUGGAACACCCCUAUCUUGCUUCAUACCACGAUCCUGACGACGAACCAGUUGCUGCACCACUGAGUCCUUCAUACUUUGCCUUUGAUCUGCACAAGGAGAGUCUGACAAAGGACCAACUAAAGGAGCUACUUUACCGAGAAGUCAUGUCCUUUGUACCUUCUAUCUAG